GAUUAAAGCAUGAAUGGGAGCAGCUUCCCAGCCACGAUGGAGAGAGAAGGCGGUUCAGGCUGUGGGAAUAAGGUUUCCUUCCAAAUGAGUCCCUGAGGUUCCUGCUGGCAGUUCCAGCAGUAUCCUGUAGAAGUGCCCUCCUGCUCCUGGUCUCAGCAGCCGAGGCCCCUCCAAACCUGCUUCUGCAAUGGGUGGGUUGUAAGCACUGGUAAUGAGGAGCUGUGGGUCCAGUCAGUCUUGGAGAUGCCGAAGAGACGAGACAUCCUGGCUAUCGUGCUGAUAGUUCUGCCCUGGACACUACUAAUCACCGUCUGGCACCAGAGCACCAUUGCUCCGCUGCUUGCAGUGCACAAGGAUGAUGGUGGUGACUCCCGGCGUGAUCUCGCUGCAGGCUUGGACUCCAAGGAAUACUGCUUGUCGGACCGGGACAUUGUGGAGGUGGUGAGGACAGAAUAUGUUUAUACCCGCCCACCCCCGUGGUCAGACACCCUUCCCACCAUCCACGUCAUUACACCCACCUACAGCCGGCCCGUGCAGAAGGCAGAGCUGACGCGCCUGGCCAACACCCUCCUGCAUGUGCCAAACCUGCACUGGAUCCUGGUGGAGGACUCGCAGCGGCGCACCCCUCUCAUCACCCGGCUGCUGCGGGACACGGGGCUGAACUACACCCACCUCAAUGUGGAGACACCCCGCAACUACAAGCUGCGGGGAGACAUGAGGGAUCCCCGCAUUCCCCGGGGGACCAUGCAGAGGAACCUUGCCCUGAGAUGGCUGAGAGAGACAUUUAACAAAAACAACAGCCAGCCUGGGAUUGUUUACUUUGCCGAUGAUGAUAACACCUACAGCCUGGAGCUCUUUGAGGAGAUGCGCAGCACCAGAAAGGUGUCCGUGUGGCCGGUAGCCUUCGUCGGUGGCUUGCGCUACGAGUCACCCAAAGUGAACGCUGCAGGGAAGGUCUACGGCUGGAAAACGGUGUUCGACCCCCAUCGCCCCUUUGCUAUAGACAUGGCGGGGUUUGCUGUGAACCUCAGACUGAUUCUCCAGCGAUCUCAGGCUUACUUCAAACUGCGAGGAGUGAAGGGAGGCUACCAAGAGAGCAGCCUGCUCCGGGAACUAGUGACCUUGAAUGACCUUGAGCCGAAAGCUGCCAAUUGCACCAAGAUUUUAGUCUGGCAUACAAGGACAGAAAAGCCUGUGCUGGUGAAUGAGGGGAAGAAAGGAUUCACAGAUCCCAAUGUGGAAAUCUGA